AUGGGAGAGCAGCCCAGCCCAGCCUUGCCAUGCCAAUGUGCUGCUGGAGCUGCUGCUUCCUGCUUUGGGCGUGCAGGAAGUUCUCCUUCGGGUCGGCGAGGAGGAGGAGGAGGAGGAGGAAGAGGAAGGGCUGGCUCCAUGCUGCAAGAGGCAGGCGCAGCCUCCGCCUUUUCCUGCCAUUCAAGCUGCAGCAGAAACAGCAGAAGCAGAAGCAACACCUUGCAGGCAGCCAUGGCUCCCAGGCUCUCCCCCACUUUCAUGGGGUCCCUCCUCCUCCUCCUCCUCUUCCUCCUCUUCACCAGCACAACAGCCCUGCAAGGUACCGCUGUGCGUGGAGGGUGGAGUGACCGCGGGGGCUCCUGGUCAGUCAGGCCGAGGGUCAUACGGGAGAGCCGCCGGAGCGCCUUCCUGGAGGAAGCCCAGCUGGCCAAGCGGGACGUGGAGGAGGCUGAGAACGGUAGCGGUGGCGUGGUGGAGCUGGUGAUGGUGGCCGACCAGGCGGAGUACAAAUUGAACGGGGACAUCAACCGAACCCGACUCCGGAUGGUUGAGAUCGCCAACUACAUGGAUGGGUUCUUCCGCUCCGUGGGGCUGAGGGUCUCCCUGGUGGGCCUGGAGGUAUGGAGUGGGGGGGACCCCAUUGUGACGGAGGGGUCUCCUCGGGAGGUGCUGCAGCGCUUCUUGCAGUGGAGGGAGAAGGAGCUCCUCCCGCGCAGGCCCCACGACAGCGCACAGCUCCUCCUGGGCUCCCUGUUCUCGGGCGGUGCCUUUGGGGCCUCCAUCCAGGGGUCCAUCUGCUCCAAUGGCUCCGCAGGGGUCAAUCGGGACCACUCGGUCAGCCCACUGGUGAUGGCCUCCACCGUCUCCCACCAGCUGGGACACAGCCUGGGCUUCGGCCACGACGGACCCCAAUGCGGCUGCGAUGGGUCCAGCCCCAACCUGCCCCCCGGGCGCAGCUGCAUCAUGGAGGCCCCCACAGGGGUCAUGCCAGGACUGACCUUCAGCCACUGCACCCUCCAACAAGCGCAAGACCUUCUGGGAAGUGACCGGGCCUGGUGCCUGCGAGACGCCCCGGAUCCAACCCAAACAGUGGGUGCCCGCUGCGGGAACCGUCUCCUGGAGGCCGGGGAGGAAUGCGAUUGCGGGCUCCGGCUGGAAUGCGACGACCCUUGUUGCAACGCCAGCACGUGCCGCCUGGCGCCAGGAGCCCAAUGCGCCUCCGGAGGGGAAUGCUGCCACCAAUGCAAGUUGCGCAGCGCAGGCUCCGUCUGCCGGGGUCCCCGAGGCGAGUGCGACCUCCCCGAAUUCUGUGACGGGUCCUCCCCGCGCUGCCCACGCAACGCCCACCUGGAGGACGGGACGCCCUGCGACGGGGGGCGGGCCCUGUGCCACGCGGGGGAAUGCCCCUCCCGACUGAAGCAGUGCCGGGAGCAAUGGGGGGAUGGCGCUGUCCCCAUCUCCGAUCCCUGUGUGGCCUCUCUGAACGCUCGAGGGGACGUCCAGGGCCAUUGCGGCCGGCAGGACAACGGCUCCUACAUCGCAUGCGACAAGAGGGAUGCGCAGUGCGGGCGGCUGCAGUGCCAAGGCGGGACCCGUGGCGACGCUCCCUGUCCGCACUUCCUGUUGACCCCUUUGGACGACGCCCUCGACCUGGCCUUGGUGCAGACCGGCACGAGCUGCGGAUUGGGAAAGGUCUGCGUGGAGCGCCGAUGCCGGGACCUGUCGUCAUUGGAGCGUCCAUCCUGCCAAUGCAACGGCCGUGGGGUCUGCAACAACUACGGCCAUUGCCACUGCCACCCGGGGUGGGCCCCUCCGGAUUGCCUAAGCGGAGGAAACGGGGGCAGCCUGGACAGCGGACCCCCCGCCCCGGAGCAAGCCGGGUCGGGGGUCUCCACGGCCCUCCUGCUGACGGCCCUCUUCCUCCUGCUCUUGGCCCUCGGCCUCUGCUUCACCAAGCGGAUCGGGAUCCACAAGCGCCUCUGCCGGAUCGGGAAGGGAUCCACCUGCCACUACAGGAUCACGCAGCCUGAACCCCGGAGUUACAGCCACGCCCCUCCAGAGAGGCCACGCCCCCCCAACCGGAGGCAAGACCCGGACCUCCAGGUGAUGCCCAGCGCCUCCCAGCAACUCCUUGGCGCCUCGCGGCCCGAUCCGCCGUCCAAGCCGCUUCCACCUGACCCAAUCCCAAAGGGUCAGCAGGCCUCUUCCUCUUCCGUUGGGGUCCAAGAGCGGCCUGCCCCUCCCAGCCGGCCGCUGCCCGCUGACCCUUUGCCCAAAGAGGCCCAGGCCUCUGGUCCGGACAAGACCCCUCCACCCCGGAAACCGCUUCCACCGGACCCUCCUCUGCGGACGGAGCUCUGCAGCCCCUUCGCUGGACAAGAACCCACUGCACACAGACUGCCCUCCAGACCGGCACCGCCUCCUCCUCCUCCUCCUCCGGCCCAUUUCUUCCAGGUCUGAGGACUUUCUUGCAUUGGUCAAGAAGGUGGAAAGACGCUCCAUCCGUUGCCUUUGCUGGACUUUGCAGCGGUCAAGGACUGACCAUGAGGAUUUUGCACUGGAAAACUGGGGUGGGGGGGUGGGAUUUGGAGUUUCCCUUGAGUGUGGGAAUGUGUGGAUUGUGCACAAUUGUGCACGAGGGACAGAAAAGGCAGAUCUAUCUAAUUCUAUAUAUAUUUGUGUGUUUACGUGUUUGUUUGUUUGUUUGUGUGCGUUGCGCUCAGAGAAUAUAUCGGGGAGGCCCGUCUCCCCCAAAAGGCAUUCUACUCUUCUUAAUAAAAGUAGAGUUUUAUUAUUA